AACUGUAGGUAAGUUAUUUAUUACGACUUUGAAGUGUUUUAAAAGUAGAUCAUUUAAAAUGAACCGAAUAAACAAGUGCAAUUUUUAUUUUCAGAACAAUCUAUGAUCCGUCUGUUUUAGUUUUGAUAUUAAAUUCGUACACAAGUUUCUUCAUGAUUUCAGACGACGGAGUCCCCUUCAUUUACUCGUAGUGCAACUGGACUUCCAUUCAUAACUUCUUUUUUUUUGCUGGUGGGGGAACGAGGCUAUAUAAGCUUCGGAGACAGUGAAAGCUGACACUUAAAACUUCGAGUUCUAACUACGACCUGAUAAUUUGACAAUCUGCGCAUUAACUGACAACCAAAACAGAAAACCUGUCAAACAACUUUUACAUUUGAAACCUAGGUAAUAGAGACGUACUUUCCUUGGAGGUUUACUUUGGGAUUUUUUCAAGGAUGAUGUACACAGGCUUCGGCUCAGAGUGCGAUUCAACCUCCCGGUGCAGUACCGCCUCCCCGGCUGGCGAAAUGCUCAGUUAUUAUUCGUCUCCAACCGGCUCUUAUUCCAGUAUGGGUUCCCCUGUCACCCACACUCAGGAGUUCACAGAUCUGACCGUUUCAAGCGCACCUUUCAUCCCGACUGUCACGUCAAUCUCCACAAGUGCGGAUUUGCAAUGGAUGAUCCAGCCGACCAAUCUUAUUUCAUCUGUAGCCCCUUCUUAUACCAGUACCGAGAGAUCGACUCCAACAUUCACAAGUGCAGGAAUGGUCAAGAUUACUGGAACCAAGGGAUUGAACACUCGCAAGAGAGGCCACGGGGAACAGCUUUCCCCUGAGGAGGAGGACAAGAAAAGGCUUCGCAGAGAGAGGAAUAAAAUGGCAGCAGCGAAAUGCCGUAACCGGAGAAGAGAACUCACUGACACUUUGCAAGCUGAAACCGAUAUUCUGGAGGAUGAAAAAUCAUCUCUGAAGACCGAAAUUGCAAAUCUCAUGAAGGAAAAGGAGAAACUGGAGUUCAUACUAAUGGCUCACAGGCCAGCCUGCAAAGUCCCCUCAGACAUGGAGGCUGGCUUCCCAGAGACCUCCAUCUCCCCUGCUCACAGCUUCUCCAGCGAGGUCAGCUCCCCCAAGAUAGAGGCAUCUGCCUCACUCUCACCCAAACCUUCCAUAUUCUCUGCCAAUUCUGCCUUAGAGGUCAACGAAAACACUACAGUAAAGCUGUCUGACCUGGACAGCUCCCUGGAGGAAUCAUUUGACCUGCUGACUCCUCUCAGAAAGAUCACCGUGGAGGCGGUGCGGUCCGUCCCCGACAUGGACUUGUCCAGCUCAUUCUGCACUCAGGACUGGGAGCCCCUCUACAUUCCCUCCACCAAUGAUCUCGAGCCCCUCUGCACCCCAGUGGUGACAUGCUCCCCUGCCUGCACAACAUACACGUCUUCCUUUGUAUUCACAUACUCCGAUGCUGACCCUCUCCCCACAUGUAGUGUGGCCCACAUGAGAGAAAAUAGUAGCAAUGACCAGUCCUCAGAUUCCCUCAGCUCACCCACCUUGCUGGCCUUGUGAGGGCACUUGAGUGACAUUACUAGGAUGCAUGAAUCUAGCGUAAAUUAGUGCAUAUGCUGGACUGUGGAAUGGAAUACCACAAACCUGUCACCCCCCACCCCCGAUCUUAUUUGUAUGUAGCAAAAAAUAAUAAUGUUUAUGAAGUUCUAUAAAAGCAUGUCAAACCAUGCUAGGGUUCAAAUGUAUGUAUUUUUUUAUUGGUGCUAGAUAUUAAAAGUUGUAUUUGUGCAGCUGACUUUAAAAUGUGUUCACAGCAAUAGAAUUAACUCGAUGUUUGUUUCUGUUUUACCGAAUGUGUGUGCUUAUUGUAUACAUUGUGUGGUAUUUAUAAAGGAUGUGCUUGUCUAAGCAUUGUGCGAGUGGGGUAAAUUUGAUGAUACAGUUUUCUGUGAAAACGCUGUGUUUUUAAUUUAUUUAUUAAAUCUGUUUCUGAUAUUUAUAUUUUCAAUUUUAUUUUUCUACUUGAAAAGCUUGUGAAAAAGCAAAGCUAAUUUAUAUUGUUUGCUCAAUAUUACAAACAAUAAAUAUCUGAAAACGA